UCUCAACCCCUUCCAAAACCCUAAAACCUUCCGGCGAUCGUAAACCAAAAAUGGGGAAGAUUCCGUCGUCGUUUCGCUCUCUAACCUCAACCCAACUCAUCAAAAAACCAACCGCAUCUCCUCCAUCUCCACCCCCGCCGCAAAAUCCCCGAAACAGAAUCUCCACAAAAGACACCCCAAAACCUCCUCCCCAAACCACUCGAAACCCAUUCAAAUCCCCAAACCUCUCCUCCGCGAAAUCCCUCCUCAACUCAAUCGCCGCCACCUCAAAAACCCCCCUCGACCUCAAAUUCCACAACUCCGUCCUCCAAUCCUACGCCUCCAUCGCCACCGUCGACGACACCGUCAAACUCUUCCACCACAUCCUCAAAUCCCAUCCCGAUUUCUCCCCUGAGCCAACCACUUUCAACAUCCUCCUCUCCCACGCCUGCCGAUCCCCCGAUUCCCCUCUCUCCAACGUCCACCGCGUCCUCAACCUCAUGGUCAACAACCACGUCCCCCCUAACAACGUCACAACCGACAUCGCCGUGCGAUCUCUCUGCGAAUCCGAUCGAAUCAGUGACGCCAAGGAUUUAGUCAUGGAGCUCUCCGAGAAACACUCUCCUCCCGAUAUCUUCACUUAUAACUACCUCCUCAAGCAGUUAUGCAGAUACGAAUCUUUGAAUUCUGUUUACGAUUUUAGGGAUAAGAUGAAGAAGUUGUUUGAUGUCAAGCCUGAUCUUGUUAGCUACACUAUCUUGAUUGAUCAUGUCUGCAACUCCAAGAAUCUAAGGGAGGCCAUGAGGCUAGUUACUGAUCUCAGUGUUGACGGAUUUAAGCCUGAUUGCUUUGUGUACAACACUAUUAUGAAAGGCUUUUGUACUUUGAGCAAAGGGAGUGAAGCUGUUGGUGUUUUCAAGAAGAUGAAGGAGAACGGCGUUGAGCCGGAUCGGAUUAGUUACAAUACUUUGAUAUUCGGGUUGUCGAAAUCAGGGAGGAUUGAGGAAGCUAAGAAGUAUUUGGAGGUUAUGGAUGAGGCAGGGUAUGAGCCUGAUGCUGUUGCUUACACGGCGUUGAUGAAUGGGAUGUGUAGGAAAGGAGCGAGUUUAGGUGCUUUGAGUUUGUUGGAGGAGAUGGAAGGGAGAGGGUGUGCUCCGAAUGAUUGUACUUAUAAUACUUUGCUUUAUGGGUUGUGCAAGGGGAGUUUGAUGGAGAAAGGGGUUGAGUUUUAUGAGAUGAUGAAGUCGAAGGGGUUGAAGCUUGAGAGUUAUGCUUAUGCUACGCUUGUGAGGGCUCUUGUUAGAAGUGGGAAGGUUGCAGAGGCUUAUGAGGUUUUUGAUUAUGCGGUUGGUAGUAAAAGUUUGAGUGAUGCUUCUGCGUAUGCCACGCUUGAAACUAGUUUGAAAUGGGUGAAGAAGGCGAAAGGACAAGGAUUGGCUGACUGAUUGGGAAGAUACUGUUAUCUAUCUGCAUCGAACAAGCAGACUAAGUGCAGAGUAUUGUGAAUGUUUCAGUUAAGUUACAACCAAAUCAUUGAGGGGACAAUAAAACAGAGGACAACGUUGGUAGAAUCAUGAAGAAGAUUUUUCAAAAAGGACAAGUGGUCAACAUUCUGGUAUUAGUCAAUUAUUUGGCGAAUAAACGCUUGUUGUUUAUUUUGUUACUUUCUGUCAUGUUUCCCUUGAUUAUAUAUUGUAUAUUGCUGCAGCAUAUGUUUCCUUGUUCCCUCAUCUAAACAACAGAACGUUACGGAAAAAAAAUUUGCUC